AUGACGAGUCCUUUCGAUAACGACGCGCUUCCUCGAAACGCGGCGAAUUACGCUCCGUUGACUCCGUUGACUUUCAUCCGCCGCGCCGCCGACGUGCACGGCGACCGAUGCGCCGUGGUGUACGGCGACCAAUCGUGGACGUGGCGCCAGACGUACCGUCGCUGCUGCAAACUCGCGUCCGCGCUGCGCCGCCGCGGCAUCGGGAAGAACGACACGGUUUCAGUGCUGGCGCCCAAUGUACCAGCGCUCUAUGAGGCACACUUCGGAGUGCCCAUGGCGGGCGCCGUGCUGAACGCCAUCAACACGCGCCUCGACGCCCGCACAGUCGCUCUCAUCCUCGCCCACGGCUCUGCCCGCCUUGUCAUGGCGCACCGCUCCCUGGCGCCGCUGCUCACUGACGCCCUGCUGCUGCUGCCGGGCCUAUUUAGGGAGAAGGGGCGUGUGUCAGGCAUGCCGCAGGUUGUCAUCAUUGAAGAUGACGAAGAGCCGUCUGAUCAGAGCGAUCCAGGUGGCAGCGCUGCUGACGUGGCAGCCCUGGCCGCAUCCCUCAACAGAGGAAGGGGAGGGGGAGGGGUCAGGGGAAGAGGAGGGGGAGGGGAGAGGGGGGGAGUGGUGAC